AUGUUGAAAAAUUCUAAACCUACUCGUCGUACUUCUCGAUCACAACCUAUUACUAAGCCAUUACCGAAAACAGAAGCACGGCGUUUGGAACAUAUAUAUGAAGCAUCACCAUCAAAAAAGACUGUGGAAUGGAAUCCAAAUCGUAAUGAUACGUAUGUUUCGGAUGUUAUUAAUGUUAAAAGUUUACUUAAUAUUCAUUCAUUACACUCCGAACGACGACAACAAAAUGAUAGAAUUUUAGAAAAUGAUCGUAUUACAAUAAAUGUAUGUGGUGAUCGAUAUGAAACACAUCGUACAACACUUGAACUUUUUCCAGAUACAUUACUUGGAAAUCAUAAACGACGAAAAUAUUACUAUGAUAAUCUACAUCAAGAAUAUUUUUUUGAUCGUCAUCGUGCUUGUUUUGAAGCAAUACUUUAUUAUUAUCAAUCAAAUGGAGAAGAAGCUCUUAAUCAAAUACGAAAAGAUGAAAAUAUUAAAGAAGUUAAAAGAAUUCGUCUACCAAAAAAUCAUAUUAAAAGAUUUAUAUGGGCAACAAUGGAAUAUCCAGAUUAUUCAGCAAUGGCUAGAAUUGUUAAUAUUAUAUCAUUACUUAUGGUUCUUGUAUCAAUACUUACUCUUGCACUUGAAUCAUUACCACAAUACACUAAUUUAGAUAAUCUUUUUUGUCAAUACAAUUCAACAACUAACAUAACUAAUUUAGAUAAUACAACAACUUCAAAUUCAUCUGGAGGUGCUUUUUAUGAUUGUGCAGGAUAUUUUACUACACCUUUUUUUAUUAUUCAAGCUAUUUGUGUUGGUUUUUUUACAUUCGAAUUUUUAAUUCGUUUAUUCACUACACCAUCAUUCCUUGAUUUUAUAAAAAAUGUAAUGAAUUGGAUUGAUAUAUUAGCUAUAAUACCAUUUUUUAUAACACUUGGUGUUCGUUUAAUUAGUGCACCCAGCGGUGGAAGUUCAGAUACUUAUGUUGGUCUUCGACUUUUACGUAUACUUCGUCUUGCACGUGCUUUUAAAUUUAUUCGAGUAUUUAAAAGUGUCAAAUCUUUACGUGUACUUGCAACAACAGUACGUCAAUCAUUAGUUGAUUUUUUAAUAAUGAUAAUUAUUUUAACUUUACUUGGAUUUUUAUUUGGUGCUGCUACUUACUAUGCUGAAAAUUCUGCAAAUGGUGAGGCAUUUGAUUCAAUUCUUAAAGCAACUUAUUGGGGUAUUAUUACUAUAACAAGUGUUGGAUAUGGUGAUAUAGCACCAAUAACACCAAUUGGUCGAAUACUAGCUUGUUUUUGUGCAUUAUUUGGUGCUGCAACAAUUGGCAUGCUUGUUUCUGUACUUGUUGAUCGAUAUCAACGUGUUUAUGUUCGAAAAUUAUAUUAUCAAGAAGAAUCGAUUGAUUUUAGUGAUUAUUCCGAUGAUGAAAAUAAUGAUACAGAAAGAGAGCCAAGUACUCAUUCGGAACAUCAUAGUCAUCCAAGAAUUGAAGAUCCAGAUGCACGAGCAAAAGAACAUACAAGAAAUGAAUCUGUUUCAUCUGAUGGAUCACCUGCAUUAUUUCAUACAGUAUUAAAAGAAGGACAAGCAGAAGAUAAUCAUGAUGAUCAUGUUGAAAACAAUUCACUUGGAAGAAAUAGUAAUCGAGUUCAUUUUAUUGUUGGUUAUGUUGAUGAUAACAAAAAUAAAUCAUCACGUGAUUUAGUAGAAAAAAUUAAUUCUAUUGUAACAAAUCAACAAGCAGCUGGGGAUAAUGUGUCAAUAAGUGUUCUUUCUGAUGAUACUAUUCAAGAAGCUCGUCCAUUUGAUGUCCAUUUUGAUCUGGAUUCAUCUGAUGAUAAUGAUGAUGAUUUAAAAGAAAUUAAAAAUGAUCGCCAAAGUAAAGGAAAUCUAUUUAAAAAAUUUAGUCGUUCGUUCUCACAAAGUGAUGGUCAAUUAAAUAAGUCUGAAAAAAAAAGCAUGAAAUUAUCUCAAUUGAAAACUAUUUUCUAA